CAGGAGCUCCUUCUUGUCUGAGUGCUUAUGAUCGUCGCCAACCGCAGGACGUUGUCACCCGAUUGAUCUCCACGAGAUUGGGAACACUGCAGACAGAAAGCGAUCAACCCCGUCCUUGAACUGACUGCAGAGGAGGAACCGUAAAUCUUUGUACCAUCGUUCGCUAGUGUCGCGUGAAAUCCCACGUUUGUGCCGGAUGAGGCAAAAAAAAAAAAAAAAAAACGGCUUUAAUCACGACCAACCAAUCGGGCGAUGCGUGGAAGUCGUUAGAUCGUCCCCACUCCGGUGCUCAGGAUUCAACCCCGCUCGAAAGCAACCCCAUCCCAUGCGUUGACCGAAUCCCCCUCCCCCCCUGGAGUCGUUAGAAAGGCGAGUCUCUCUCUCUCUCUCUCCUCCCUUCAUUGGCGGCGGUCAACAGCGUGGAAAGUCGGGAAGCAGAGCACCACCCCACAACGAAGAAAGAUCACGUUUUGAAUCAAGAGAGAAUCUUGUUUACGAUUCCUUAGCCGGGUAUUGUAUCAGACCUCAGCUAAAAGAAAAUACCUCUUCAACGAAGUGCUUAAUUGUAUCCAGCUAAGCAGAGGCAUUCGAGGAUCUCUCCCCCACUUCUUUCAAAGCCAUUAGCGGAUCCCGAGAGCUGGGCGGGAAGAUUCCGGGCUUUGAUUGUUCCGGUGCUUCGGUUCUUGAUUUUGGCUUGUUGGGUCUCCCCGGAAAGUGGUUUGGCAGUUUGAUCUCACUUGCGUCUGACUCUUUGAGAAUGAGUGAACUAAGCAAUUUGGACUCUGUCAAUUCCGUGCUUCUCUUUGUCUGUCCUCUGGCGAACAAACAAGAAGAAGGCCAGAAGAAAAGCCACCAAUUUCCCCUUUUUGCCAGCUUUUCCAACAGGUGUUUCAAGGAACUCCUCAGUCACCAUAGCUUGUCCAACAGAGGAAAUUGUUUCCAGGGGCAAGCGAGCUCUUCAACAAUGUAUCUGGUGGAGAGUAAAGGAGGCGCGAUUGGGUGCAUGUUGCUCUCCCUCUUCUUCCUGGGUACAUGGCCUGCUAUAUUAACUCUUCUCGAAAGGCGGGGCCGCCUUCCGCAGCACACUUACCUUGAUUACACGAUCACCAAUCUCUUGGCUGCUGUGAUUAUUGCUUUCACAUUUGGCGAGAUCCACGCAGGAACACCAGAGGCACCGAAUUUCUUGCAGCAACUUUCCCAGGAUAAUUGGUCGUCAGUUCUAUUUGCAAUGACAGGUGGUGUUGUCCUUAGCCUUGGGAAUCUUGCAACCCAGUAUGCAUGGGCUUUUGUUGGUUUGUCAGUAACAGAAGUUGUCACUUCCAGCGUAACAGUCGUUAUAGGCACAACCCUGAAUUACUUUCUGGAUGACAAAAUAAACAGAGCGGAGAUUCUUUUCCCAGGAGUUGGUUGCUUCCUCAUUGCAGUUUGUUUUGGCUCUGCUGUUCACACAUCAAAUGCUGCUGAUAAUAAAAUAAAGCUGAACAAUCUUCCUGCCAAUGGCAAAGUGGAUGCUAGCACCAUUGAUGCGCAUAGUGGUAUGACUGCGAAUGAAGGGCCAAAAGAUGUAGAAAACGGGAAUGGAUCCACAGAUAAGGCAAAAGUAGGGACUGCUGACUUUCUGGUCGAAGUAGAGAACAGAAGAUCUAUCAAGGUCUUUGGAAGAAGUGCCGUACUCGGACUGAGCAUAACUUUCUUUGCUGGAUUUUGCUUCUCUCUUUUCUCACCGGCAUUUAAUUUGGCGACAAACGACCAGUGGGACACGCUGAAGAAAGGGGUUCCUCACUUGUCUGUGUAUACAGCAUUCUUCUAUUUCUCUGUAUCGUGCUUCGUCGUGGCCGUCAUUCUAAAUGUCACCUUCCUUUACCGGCCGGUGCUCAAUCUGCCCAAAACAUCAUUCAAGGCUUAUUUGAACGAUUGGAACGGCAGAGGGUGGGCUCUCUUGGCAGGAUUUCUGUGUGGAUUUGGGAAUGGUCUGCAGUUUAUGGGCGGUCAAGCCGCAGGCUAUGCAGCAGCAGAUGCUGUUCAGGCGCUUCCACUUGUGAGCACCUUCUGGGGCGUACUCAUUUUUGGAGAAUACCGCAGAUCAUCGAGGAGAACCUAUGUUUUACUUUUCGGCAUGCUUUUUAUGUUCAUUGCGGCUGUUGGAGUCCUAAUGGCCUCAUCGGGGCACCGUAAAUGAAAAGGCCGGGUGCCCGGAUGUAGCAAUUGUAAGAAAGCCAAAGGAAGUUAGUAAUCAAUCACUUGUCGAUCGGUCUUGGUAAGAGGUGGCGGCUCAAAGCAAUCCGGGUCGGAAAGAAACUGCAAGUAGAUACCAGGACAGUGGCUUGAUCCAUAUUGAUUAGGAAGGGGAAGUGAAUGUCCACAAUAUGGAAUUAAACUUCUUCUCUCGACAAACGGGACAAGGAUGUAUUAGUCAUGGACCGUCGGUUCAGUUCUUUUGCUUUGGAACACAGUUUGGAUUAGUAGUGCUUUGUAUUUCUUUCCCUUGGUCAUGUCAGUCGAAUCAAAUGUAUCUAGAUUGCUUUCAAUAGUUGUCGACACUGCAACAUGGGGAAAGAAGAAAAAUUGCCAGUGGGAAUCCUGGCAGCUCAGAUUUGUUGUC